AUGGAUGUGGAUCUAGGGGAUGUAUUAGACUUGGAGAAACAAUUUUACGAUAUCGGAUACCGUGACGGAUUCGAACAUGGAAGGGUGCACGGUUUGAUCGAAGGCCGAAGUUUGGGAAAAGAAAAGGGCUUUGAGAUGUGGGAGGAGGUGGGCUUUUACAUGGGGUUUGCGACAAUCUGGAAAGCAGUUUUGGAUUCUCAAACAGAAAAAAGUUCUGCAGCCCUCUCGCAUCUAGCCCACCUGCUAGAAUUGGCCGAAUCGUUUCCAACAGCAAACAGAUCGACUCCUAUCCAAG